AUGGGACUGGUACUGAUCCUAGUGUUGACUCAAGUCUUCUACACUGAUGCAUAUCAGUACGUGUCCUUCAACACAUCCGGCAAACACGUCAAAUACAUCAACGACGUCGGGGUGAAGAUCACGGGCGCCCACUCCAUGGUGCUGAAGGUGAAGACCUGCUCCAAGGCCUACCUCAUCCUCACAGAGACAGUCCUCUACCAGAAGACCAAGGCCUACUAUGUGGUCAUGCUCGACCGGACCGAGAAGCCACGCCUGUCAUCCAUCUUGGAGGGUUGCUUGACCUGCACGGCCAAGGCCUCUAGCUCCAUCAGGAUGCUGUACUGUUCCUUCUACAAAGUGUUCUGGUUGUCGUGGGACGACAAGGGCUUGAUACAGAUCGGCAGAGGCAACACGCCAUACAAGAACAAGCUGAUGUCCCAUCGGGGAAGCAACAAGUUCACCAUUAACUAUAUACAGGCCAUGUCCCAUGGUCAUUCUGGGGACUGGCAGGUCAGGAAAGACUGCCCACCGGGUCGUUACGGUUCACGAUGUGUCCUACGCUGUGGCCAGUGCGCAUGCCCAGGCGACUGUGACCCUAACUACGGGCGGUGCAAGAAGGGGUGCAAGCCGGGCUGGAGGGGCAUCAGGUGCAAGCGAGUCUGUCCCAACUCCACACACGGUGUCGGCUGUCAGAAGUGCGGCCACUGCAGCCUCGGCGAGAAUUGCCACAGGGAAACGGGGAGGUGCGAGACCGGAUGUGACCUAGGGUGGAUGGGACAGAAAUGUGAUCAAGAAUGCAUGUCGGGAUCAUAUGGCGCCAACUGCAGCAAUACUUGCGGUCACUGCGGGAACAACACAGCCUGCGACCAAGUCAACGGCAUCUGUCCCCCCGACACCGACUGUGAACCUGGGUGGUCGGGCUAUCGCUGUGAUAAAGAUGGCGAAGAAGACAAGAUCCUGAUCUUUUCCACUGAUGAGCAACUGGGAUAUCUUUCCGAAGCAAAUACGAUCUACAUGGAUGGUACCUUAUCCUGUUGCCCCAACCUUUGGAACCAGCUGUACACUGUACAUGCCCGCAGUGGAUAUACGAUGUACCCACUUGUCUUCGCCCUGCUGCCCAACCGACAACCGACAACAUACGCCAGGCUGUUCACGCUGCUGAAGACAGAGGUGCAGCAGAUUCUCAACCAACCCUUGUCACCAGCUACUGUGCAGACAGACUUCGAGAUGGCGGCCAUUCGAGCAGUCGAGGCAUGUCCACGUGGAACCUUUGGUCUGGGAUGUGUGGAGUGCGGCCAUUGCAAGGAUGACGCGCUGUGCCACGUUACGACUGGAAUCUGUACUUCCGGUUGUGCUGAUGGCUGGACCGGAACACGGUGUGAUCAAGAAUGUAGAGACGGCACAUGGGGAAUGUACUGCAAGUUGGAGUGUGGUCAGUGUCAAGAUGGGGAGCCAUGUGACAAGGUCACAGGUCGUUGUCCUGGAGAGUGUGCCCCUAGCUGGACUGGCUGUAACUGUGAUGCAGAGUGUACUUCGGGGACCUACGGCCCCGGCUGCAAGGAGGAGUGUGGGUGGUGCAAGGACGAAGAGCCGUGUGACAAGGUGACGGGGAUGUGUGAAAACGGCUGUUACCCAGGGACCAAGGGAGACAAGUGUGAACACGAGUGUGCCGAUGGUUCCUACGGCACCAACUGCUCUGUCAUGUGUGGUCACUGUCUGGAUGGUAUACCAUGCGAGUCUGAAACAGGCUUCUGUCUGCUGGGAUGUUCCCCAGGGUGGGAGGGGCUACGAUGUGACUAUAAAGGUAAGACUGAUGAGGAUGAGGAUGGGGUGCUGUGGUUCACGUGUGACGAUGAGGGUUCAAGAGUGCCCGGAGACUUGGACACCACGAAGACCAAACUGACCAACACUACCCCUGUGAAACCAGACAAAGUUGCAGCCAUCAGUCUUGGGAUCACUCUCAUCAUCAUCGUCAUCUGUGUUAUCGGCGGUGGAGUCGUUGCCUGGAGACGUUGUCGGCGACCCGAAGAGGAGCUCAAAGUCCACGGCAUCGUCAACCCCGGCGCCAACACGGAGUCGUCCUUCGUUGAAAUCCAAGGCGAAGGAGCCUUCAAAAACACGGACAGUCGGUGGAAGAACACUUCGACGUUUGAGUCCCAAACCUAG